AUGGACAGCGAUCUGCCGCCACCAACGGAACCAUCACCACCCUCUCCCGGCAGCAAUUACGCUCCUCUCGUUCUUGGCACCUUGGCAUUAUUUGUCAUUGCUGUCGCCACGGUUUCUCGUUACGGUAAUCUACGAUCUCAUCCUUGGUAUGUUUCCACCGUUUGCAUUAUCGGUUGGUGCUUUCCAUUCUGGAUCGUGCUCUUGCUACCGGUUGAUCUCGCGUCGUCGACAUACGACCAGUGCCAAGGCGACUGCAGAGUCCCAUUCUCCCAUGUGUCCCAGUCCUUUCUUUAUGUGGCGUGGCGUACCCUUUAUUGGACAUCCUUUUGUCUCACGUGGGUGAUGAUUCCAAUGAUGCAAGCCUAUGUCAAUACAGGCGACUUUGGUUUCACAAACCGCCUCAAAUCUGCAGUCAGGGUCAACCUUCAGUUCUACUCGAUAUACAUCGUCAUCGGCUUCUUUGGCUUGAUUUAUCUUGUAUUCGGCAGUGGCUAUACGACAAGAGAAAAGAUCCAGGGCUUUGUCAUGGCCAUGGCUAACAGUUGGGGUCUCUUUUUGGUGAUUAUGUUUAUGGGCUAUGGUCUUGUCUCGGUGCCUCGAAGGCUAUGGUUCACUGGCAAUCCUCAAAAGCACUUGAAUCAGCUAUAUGGAAAUGCAUCCCGGGUCAAGGAAGAAUGCAUGGAUAGUGAAUUGGAGUUUAUUGAAAUCAUGCAUGCCAUAUCAAAGCGUACAACAAGAGCCGAUCCCUUUUUACGUGGUUGUGUCGACCAGAUGAUCCAGCGAUUUCCUUUUAUCCUUGAUCCAGAAUACACCGAUCGUGACAAUUCCGUUUCUUUGCCAAGAGAUAUCACCGAGGAUUAUCUGAUCAAGCUCAACAGACGCAUGAUUAUCGCUGCGAGGAUGAAAGAUAGAAAGCUAGCGUUAUGGGAGAAUCUCCUGGAGGAAGCGUUCUAUCUGCAGGAUAUCGUUGAAAAUAGAAGCAACUCGGACCACCAAUUUCACUCGACGUUACGGCCAUUGAGAGAAAGCACACGUUGGAAUGAUAUCAAGGCACAGCUAGAGUGGUGGUGGCUAUUACGAAUUGAGCCCAUUUUUCAUCGUGGUGUGGCCCUACUAUGUGCGGUCCUCAGUGUAUGCAUCUUGUGGUCUGAAAUCGUCUUCAAUAUCAAGAAUCCAGUCGUAUCGAUCGUAGCAUUAGGUCUUCGAGCCUGUGGAUACAAUUACGCUGCCGUAGAGUUUAUGGCCUUUUUUACCCUGAUGUUCAUGUGCAUUUGUGUUUAUACCUCGUUGUUUAAGGUGCGGUUUUUCAACCUUUACAUCCUGAUACCCAAGCAUCACACCGACGAAAACAGUCUAUUGUGGUUUACAAGUUACAUGUGCAAGAUGAUGGCCCCACUUUGCUACAACUAUAUCAAUCUUGCAGGUGAUUUCAGUGGAACAUCGGAAUCAGUAUUCAACAAGUUCAUGGGUGGUGCAGACCUUGUCCCCUUCUUGGGAACUACCUUUAUCGAUUGGUUUCCUGUUGUCAUCCUGAUACCAGCCUUAUCGGUUCUCUUCAACUUUCAAGGGCGUUGCCUAGGCCUCUGCGGAGUGAAAGAUCCGUACGAUGACGAGGAAGGAGGUGGAAGAGAAAGUGAUGGAGCUAUAUCUUUGAAUGUGGAUAUUGCGGAUGGAAAAGCAUUGGUGAUUGAAGAACGUGGUGUUCGGGAACGUACAAUCAAUCCACAUCUCGCUGAUCAACGAGGUUUUCUCAGUCGUGCUCGUAACGCACUUGGGGCAUACACAUCCAAAUACAAUCGUGGACCCUACAAUUACAGCAGCAACAGCUCAAGGUCACUCCACACACUUGGUGGUGGCAACACAGAAGGUAGAACACCUUUGUCAGCAACACUUAGACAAGAACGUGAUCGACGCAUUGAUGAGAUCCUUUCUGGGCGAACAACACCAACCUCCUUUGCCAACAACAGCCGUAGCAGCAACCACCAAUAUUCCCAAGUAGAGGAUGAGCAUGAUGGGUUGCAUGGAGGAUAUCAUCCACAGCAAGAAAAUGGUGCUGCUGCUGCAGGUGUAGGAGGUCUUUUAUCAUUUGGUGAUGCUGUGAAGAACAAAUUCAAUGACCUAUUUACAAAGAAAUCACCUGGUGGACCUGGUGCUGUAUCCUUGUCUCCCGAAUCGGAAGGCGAUUCUAAUGCAAGACAACAAGAGCCAUUGUUGCGACCUGACAGCUAUCAAGGAAGAAGAGGAAGGCGUGUAUUUGGUCAACCACCCUCUUCAUCAUCUUCAUCUUCAUCCCCAGAACAACAUCGACGUGAUAUUACCCGCUCACGCUCUCCGUCUCCACCACCUCCAACAACGGGAUUAGGACUUUCGUCGGCUGCUGGUCCAACACGUAGUGACUCCCCCUUUGCCCGUUUCGACAGCAAAGGCCGUGAUAUGAAUAACAUCUUUAACGAUCUAUAA